AUGGAGCCUGUUAGGAAAUCGCCGAGGAGUACGAAGGGAAAGAAUUCCCGACUCGAUCAAGAGAGGAUUCUGGAGGAGCAGUUGAGCAAGGCCCAGACCUUAAAGAACGAGGAGAAGGACGAGGAUGAUGGUGAGGUCAGAUGUCUAGUGUGCGGAAUGACAACUGCGGAUUAUAUCGAAGACGGCCGUGAAAUGAUUCAAUGUGAAAAAUGUGAUUCAUGGCAACACACUGCAUGCAUGUUUGGUAGGAAAAAGGUUCCGCAGAAGUAUUACUGCAAUAUCUGUGACCCCACCAACCCAAGCUUCAAGAAUCUGAAGCUGAAAUUGAGCUACGAGGAUUAUGUUGGUGGAGCAGGCCAGAAAGAUUUGGAAUAUCAAGAAGAUGAACCUCAGAAGGCCAAAAAAUUGGCCGAGUCCGAAAGGCCAACCAAGAAAGCAAAAAUUGCCAGAGAAUCCAUUUCCAAGGUUGAGGCUCUGGAGUCGAUCAACACCACAAGACAUUCGGUGGCUCAAAAUUUUUACCUCACGUUUUUACAGAAGAUCCCAGAUGAUUAUACCGAUUUGAAAAAUACCACUAAAGAGAAAUUGGCUGAUGACUGGGGUUCCCAACUUGAAGGGUACAUUUACGAUCAUAUUGGACUCAAGCCCGGCAAGAAAAGUCUGGCCCAAAAGACUUCGCCGGGUGCGAAAUAUCUGGAAAAGGCCAGAACCUUAUUGUUCAACCUCAAGAACACCAAAAAUGAUUUGUCCACAAGAGUUUUAAACCGCGAAGUUUCACUGGAAGACCUGAGCCAACUGUCCAGUGAGCAAAUGCUCAAUGCUGAUUAUCAACGGUUUGCAGAUGAUGUACGCAAACAGAGUAUCAACCAAACUGUUCUAAAGGUCAAUGAGAACCUUCCGAGAGUUAAAAUUACCCACAAAGGCGAAGAAGUCAUCGAUAAUUACGAGUACGAGAAGGAGCGAGAAAGAGAGAUCGAGCAGCAAAGAGAGCAGAUCAAGGAGCAGGAGGAGAAGGAUGUGACUAAGCAAGCAAAGGAAGCACAAGAGUCAUUUUUUAACGCCAAUUUGCUUUAUCCAGCUGCUACGACUGCCACUGUUGAAGAUUAUGACACCGAACAACCAGAGCACACAUUGAAUGACGACCCAGAGCUUGAUAAGAUAUUGAACGACGAGCCCAAUGUUCCGGCACAGACUCAUUCUGACGAAUACUACCCCGCCCAAAACACAACCACGCCACAGAGCGAUGAAGAAUAUGAUCCUACAGUCGGCUUCAGAACGGAAUCUACACAGUUUAACCAAGUGUGGACUGGCGAUUUAACCUUUCCCGAGUUCGGGGCCUUUAGGGCAUCUGCAAAACUGCUGGGUUCUACGCUCUCGAGAGUGCCAACCGAGUCGGAAAACCAAAAGAUCAUUUCGCUGUUCAAGCAGUUUGGAACCCAGGAACUGGUGGAGAUCGAGGGUAGAUUAGACUCUGUAAAAGCCGAACCGUACCUAUCUGAGAUAGCAAGUACCAGAGACCUGUACGUUCUAGUCUUCGAGCCUCAAAGCCUCGCGAGCGAGUUCGAAAACGAAGAGAACAGUUUUAGCUACCAAAGAUUGCACCAAUAUUUCGCGAAGCGCGAAAAAUACGGCGUUGUGGGAGCUAGACCCGUUUCCGUGAAGGACUUCUAUCUGGUGCCUAUCAAGGCUGGGGGAGACCUUCCAAAGUCUUUCCUACAAUUCGGCAAUUACUCGGAAAUUCGGGAGUAUGAAAAGGAAAAGGAACGAUUUUUUGGAGUGCUAGUGGUCAAACGGGGUUAUAACCCAUAA